UAGUUUUGGCUACCUUAUCUCUCGUCUGUAAAAGAAACAAAAUAGGGAGUGUACCAUUCCUUGCAGCCACAGUGGGAGCUACACUCUCCCCACUGGAAUCUGAGGCUCUGGCCUAACAGCUCCCAACCAUAGGAGAACAUGACUUUGAGUUUGGGCCUCUCUGUUUGCCUGCUUUCCAGAUAAAACCUGCUUCAGGACAGCAAUUUCAAAGGUCGGCAUAAAAGGCUCUAGAGAGACAAAGCAAACUUUGUUACCUGCCAAUACCGAAGAUCUGAUUGAGAUGCUGGAUUCGCAGUCAUUGCUGUUAACCUAUGCCUCCAUCAAGAUGGAGAAAAACCUUGCCCGCUUGGAAGGGGAAGCAGAAAGAAACCUGCACGCUCUGUCCAAGAAAGCUGAAAGGCUCCAGAUAGAAGCUCAGAGAAAGAAGCGAUUGCUGGAGCGUCUAAAGCAGGAGAGCAAGCUAAAUGAAGCCGUGGACAGACAGCUCGAAGCCCUUGGCCCUAUAGCUGAGCAGUGUGUCCACUUCCGAGAGCAAUACAAGCACUUUGCCACAGCCCUGGAGUCAACAAGGCAUGAGCUGCCUGUGAAGGAGAUCUACAUGAGAAAGGACAAAGGCCAGUACCUUGGUAUGGAGACAUGCAGUGCUUUCUCACUGCCAGCCU